GACGGGAAUGGUCGUCCCAAAGACGCAUCGGCAUAGCCGCAACAUCGGAGUCGAUUCCAUCGACGGUCGUCGAUACUAACGAGGCGAGGCAACUGCCGCCUCCCCGGAUCCCCCGCGAUAAAGCACCCGCACCUCAGCUCCCACUCAGUCCUCUCUCUUGGCACUCAUCGCGAGCAGCAGCAUCGCUCUUUCCGCUCAUCUCCGAGUCGGCCCCGCGUGCACCCUUCUUGCAGCCAUGGCUGCUCCCGUCGCCGCAGCCGCCGGAAGAUCGGCCGUCCUCGCCUACUCCCCUGCGCUACGGGUACAGGGAAUGGAUGCAGUGUCGUUUCGAGUAUCAGCAUCUUUCCCCAGGCAAAGAGCAAGCUUUCCAUCAAUUCGGGUGCAGCGGAUUCCAAAGCGCUUUCAGGUGUCAUGUUCGGCUAAACAAGAAACUAUUGAGAAGGUUUGUGAAAUAGUUAAGGGUCAGUUAGCUCUACCCGAAGACAGCACUGUAACAGGAGAGACAAAGUUUGUGGACCUUGGAGCUGAUUCACUUGACACUGUCGAAAUUGUGAUGGGGCUUGAGGAGGCAUUCCAAAUCAGCGUGGAUGAAUCAAGCGCUCAGGAGAUCCAGACGGUGGGGGACGCUGCGGCUCUCAUCGACAAGCUUAUCACAGAGAAGGACGCUUGAAAGGACUGAAGUCAUGGAGUUUCCUUAAUGAAUAGUUUUGCAGGCACCUACGUUGCUCUCUGGAUGGUGGCGGCCAUGCUUCCUUGCAUUGCAACAAUUAGUUAGAACUCCCAGGGAUGCGUGCCUUUUGGGAUUAAUAAAAGAGGGAAUCGUCCUAUUUCCCUGAGAGACGGAGUCUUUUUUUCGUCUUAAUAUUGUGAGAGACAGUAUUCCAUUCAUGUAGCUGAAAAAGAUGUCGGAAUUUGUUGCAAUGAAUUUGGACCUUUUCACCCAUAA